GGGCAGCUGCUGCUCUCCAGUGGGCUCCCCUCCCUGGACUCCGUACUAGGUGGAGGUUUAGCUGUUGGAACCCUUCUCCUUAUUGAGGAAGAUAUAUACGGGGUCUACUCCCAUUUAUUGUUCAAGUAUUUUCUCGCAGAGGGAGUUGUUUGUGGACAUGACUUGUUUGUUGCUUCUGCAAAAGAACUUCCUGCCAACAUCUUAAAGGAGCUUCCAGCCCCUUUGCUUGAUAACUGUAAAAAUGAAGUGAGAGAAGAAACAACAACUGUUACAUCUGAAGAUGAUUCUAUGCAAAUAGCUUGGCGCUACCAAAAUUUUCCCAAAGUUGAGGCCAGCCCAAAUACAUCUUCAAGAUUUGGCCAUUAUUAUGACAUUUCUAAAACGAUGUCUUCAGAACUGUUUCAUUCCAUAAAAUGUCACAGUUUUUUCCUACCUGAAGAACCAUCUUUGCAGCCUACAGUAAAAAUGCAUAAUAUGAACUGUGGUUAUGCAAGGCUGCUUCAGUCCAUUCAGAAGAUCAUUUAUCAGGAAGGAUUUGAUGGCUCUCAUCCCCAGAAAAAACAAAAAAAUAUUUUGCGCAUAGGAAUUCAGAGUCUGGGUUCCAUGUUGUGGGGCGAUGACAUUUCUUGCACCGAUAAUCCCGAAGACGCUCACAGCCUUACAAAAUUUCUCUAUGUUCUCCGUGGCCUCCUCAGAAAAUCCUUGUCGGCCUGCAUCAUCACAGUACCUGCUCACCUCAUCCAGAAUAAAGCAAUUAUGGAACGUGUAACAAACUUGUCAGAUGUGGUAGUUGGUCUUGAAUCAUUUAUUGGCUCUGAGAGAGAAACCAAUCCAUUAUACAAGGAUUACCACGGUUUGAUUCACGUUCAUCAGAUUCCUCGGCUUAAUUGCUUGAUCUGUGAUGUGUCAGACACGAAGGACCUUGCUUUUAGAUUAAAAAGGAAGCAGUUCACCAUUGAGCGCCUGCAUUUGCCUCCAGACUUGUCAGACACCGUGAGCCGCUCGAGCAAACAGGAGCUGGCAGCAGCCGCCAAACUGCUGAGCUCAGGAUGCGGCGCCGGGGCCGGCGGCAAGAAGCACCUGGACUUCUAGCGAUUCCUGCCUAGCGGUUCCGCUCCGGCUUGGAUGGCACUCUCAUUAUGAGUGUUAAUGACUUAUAUAAAUAUUUUUCUUAAUGAUUUGACCCAGCAGUCCUUUAAAAAUGCACAUUGUCAUAUGGUGCCUU